GGAACCACCCUUUUACACGAAGCCUCCGCCACGAAUCUGGUUAAGAUGGUCGAUGCUCUUCUUUCCAAGAGCGACCACGUCAACACGAGGGACGAUAGGGGAGAUUCUGCGUUGCAUCAUGCAGCUAGACGAGGGCAUGAGGAAAUUGCUCAGGUGCUUUGCAUAGCAGGAGCAGACCUCAGGGCGAAAAAUAAAUAUGGCGAGACCCCUAUGCUGUACGCUGCACGGUAUGGCCAAUGUGACACUCCCCUCCAUGCGGCUAUAACUAAUUCACGCGAUGAUGUUGCAUUUCUUCUGCUCAAUCACGGUGCCGACCCUUCCAGAUGCAACACGUAUGGCCAAAAUGCGCUACAUCUC